GGCACUAACCAUAGCUUUUGGUAUAGAAGUUAUUGGCGAUUAUAAAUUCGAACACUAUAUAGUGCAUAAGCGUGUGCAAACCACAAAUGAUGUGGGAUUUGCAGUAAUAGCAAUAGUAAUAGUAGGAAUGGGAGAAUAUAUAAAAUAAACCACCCUCCCCAUCACUUCCCCUCUUUUAGUUAUAUUUUUAUCUCCACACCACACCACACCCCCACUUUCCUUCCUUGUCUCUCUCUUGUCAAGAUGAAGAUCCUCUGCGACGUCUGCGGCAAGGGCGAGGCAUCCUUGUACUGCACCGCCGACCAGGCCUCCCUCUGCGCCUCCUGCGACCACCGCGUCCACCACGCCAACAAGCUCGCCGGCAAACACCAGCGCUUCUCCCUCCUCCAGCCCUCCCCCAAACACUCCUCCCUCUGCGAUAUCUGCCAGGAGAGAAGCGCGUUUCUGUUUUGCCAAGAAGAUAGAGCGAUUCUUUGCAGAGAGUGCGACGUCCCCAUCCACAAAGCCAACCAACACACGCAGAAGCACACCAGAUUCCUCCUCACCGGCGUCACCCUCUCCGCCUCUCCCGCCCUAUACACGCCCCCUCCCCCAGCCAAGGGUACAAGUACAACACCGGCAGCGCAAGAGCCCUUCUCAGCAACGAGUAGCAUUUCCGAGUACUUGAUCGAGACGCUGCCAGGCUGGCACGUCGAGGAUCUUCUAGAUUCUUCAACCCCUUCCCCCUCCCCUUUCUGCAAGGGAAAUGAUUUGGUGCUGCCAUUUUGGGACGAUGAUCUCCACUGCGGCAGUAUUUGUACGAGUGGAUUUCCAACAGAAAACAUGGGAAUUUGGGUCCCUCAAGUUCAAGUGCACCAAAAUCAAAAUCAAAAUCAAAAUCAAAAUCAAUCAUUUCUAGUCAACAGUAGUAAUCAUAAUAAUGUGGGCUUUGGAUUAGGGAUUAAUGCAAAUGGGUGCAGAGAUUCAUUCAUUGAAUUUACCACAAAUGGCAUCAAAUCCAACAGAAAAAGAAGCGACGUCGACAACUCUUUCGCUGUUCCACAGAUCAGCCCUUCCGCAGCUGCUGCCUUCAACAAGAAAUCCAAAACAUUUUGGUGAAAUUACCAUAAAAAUCCAAUCUUUUUUAUAACCCAUUACCGGAAAAUCAUAGAUCUGAAUUCAGAUUUUGUAUUCUAUAGUUUUCCUCGUUGCAAUUUGUCAGAUUUUUGGGCUCUAGUGUUUUGUUUUAUCUUUCCCUUUGUAAAUAUCUUCUUGUGUUUCUUGCAUUUACUAAUACUAUAUUACAUGUUACAACUCA